AUGAAGGUGCUGGCCUCCUACUACACUGCACUGAGCCUACAUCUGCCACUUACUAACCGCGCCAGCCCGGAACCUCUCUUCCGGAGGUUGAGUUUCCGCCCGGGCAACGGGGAAGUGGGCGUGCAACCGAGCAAGUUCCGGCUGUCCGGCUUCACACCCAGCAGCAGCUGCUUCCGGCUCGGGCCGCAAAUCGCAAUUCUUCGUGUUUUGCAGGCGUCGCAGUGGAAGUCGCUGCGGCAGGAGCUGCUCAAGUACCUGGAGUGCUUCCUGCUGGCCGUCACCGGCGGGAGUCAGGUGUCCCCGCCGCCCGGCCGGACCCCCGCCCUGUGGGACGGUUUCGUCACCUGCCUGAGGGGUCAGGACCUGCUGUCUGCCGCGGCGCUGGGGGGCCAGGCUCCCUGUCUCCUGACCAGGGCUGCCGUUUCCAGACCUUUGAUUUUGAUUUUAGAUGACAACUUUUAUUACCAAAGUAUGAGAUACGAAGUCUACCAACUGGCCCGGAAAUAUUCAUUAGGCUUUUGCCAGCUCUUUUUAGAUUGUUCUCUCGAGACCUGUUUACAGAGGAACAGUCAGAGACCACGGCCACUGCCUCCUGAGACCAUCCACAGGAUGGGGAGAAAGAUGGAAGAGCCCAACCCUGAGAAAAAUGCGUGGGAACGCAACAGCCUCAGGAUUCAGAGCUCUGCGUGCUCCUCUGAGGCCAGGCUGGAGUUGACGGAUCUAUUGCUUACUGCUCUGGAAAAUCCAGUGAAAUAUGUUGAGGACAAUGUGGAACAGAAGGAAACAGACAGAAUUAUUUGUUCAACUAACAUCCUUCAUCAGGUGGAUCAGACCCUGCGAAGAAUCGUCUCUCAGACCAUGAAGGAGGCAAAAGAUGAGCAACUGCCGCCUCACGACCUGAAGCUUCUGGCCGGAGACCUUAACAAGCUCAAAGCCGAGUUUCUGGAAGACCUAAGACAAGGAAACAAAAAAUACCUGUGCUUCCAACAGACCCCGGACAUAGCAGAUGUGGCUUCUUUUUUUCAUUACGAAAAAGACAGCAUUGUGCAGAAGUAUUUUUCAAAGCAGGAUUAAAGCUUCUGAAUUUCCAGUCGAAUGUCUGAUUUUGGUUAAGAUUUUGCAAACCAAUCACAACAGUUUUGUAUCACUGGGUGCUUUCUAGGCCAAUGAUGUGAAUUGCCAGACUCAUUUUUCACAAAAAUCAGUCAUUCUGAAAGAUCCAUUUGUCAUAACAGAAUUACUGCAGUCAUUCGCUUGUCAGGUGUGACACGGAUAACUGAGCCUCAGAGGCAGCCUUCAUUUACAUGCCAGAACCCUCGGGGCUGGGGGGCGGCGGAGACAACAGGUGGUUGUGUGGAGCUGUUUUUGUUUUUAACUCAGGUGACAUCUACUCCUGGGUUAGGCACUCUACAAAGUCAAACUAAUGUAGCCAUAAACCCUUUUUAUUUCGAUUAACAUUUUACAUGCUGGAAAAUGACUACAAAACUAAUUGGACCCUAAUUCUCAAAAAAGAAAAAUCGAAAGCAUUAGAAAGUGUUAUUUUUUAUUCAUGUAUUACAAAAGCAAAGCUGUGACCGCGUGAACGACAUACUGGGCAUGGUUGCAUGAAAUCUCUUUCUGGGGCCCCUAAACAAUACAGUUUUUGCAGCCAUACUUAUUUUAUGUUUUGCAUACAAAAUAUGUCCUUUACAUCACAGUCCACAUUAACAAAAACAAGCUCUAGAAAUCAUAUACCCUCUAAGACUAAUUAACCAAAAAAAGUCCUUAGCAGGGAAUUUUUAAAAAGUAACACGUCCAUUUGAUAAAUAUUUUUGUAGAAUUUAAAAUGAGGUUUAUCUCUUAACAUUUUUUUAGCAAUAUUCCCUUUGUCAAACAAUUCUUACUUCUAAAGUGAAACAGCACUGGAAAGGGCCAAAGGAAUUGUUCCAAAUAAAAGUCGAGCCUUGACUAGAACUGUAGGAAGCUGUAGCUACACACAUUAGUAAAACCUGCAACAGCCACUCCCCAUUCAUUUCUUCACAGUUGCUUAAAAAAAUAUUAGUGGAGAUAAAUUAUCUACCAACUUUAAAAAUCUAAACUUACGUUCACUGAAUAAAAAUAAAUUUAGUUUCAGAACAUUGCCUCUUACAGCAAAGUACUAUAAAUAGUGCACAUUAAACAUUUCCUGACAACUCACCUCUAUAAAAUAGUUGAUUAAAAAUAAAUGGGAUAAAUAUAUUCAAUAUUUAAUGGAAGAUACAUUGAACUCACAAGAGAUUUAAGUAAAAUCCUAAAUCUUUUUAAAAAUACAAUACUAAAAAAGUGUCUAAGGUAGAUUUGCUUCAAAAACCUUAGUGCAUUUAGAAGUAAUCGUAGCUUUCAAGCAUCAGCACCUUUGGAAUACCAACUGUGCUCUUUAAGUCAUAGGAAAAUUAGAAUUAUAUAUUCUAGUUUGUAAUUAUGAACAAAAUUUCUAAGUUUAAAUUAAAACAUACAUUCAAAACAUCUCUUUAGUUGUAAGAAAAGCAUGUAUUUGUCACUACCUGGCCCAGAAUAAUAAACUGGUUUAACAAGA